AUGGCUACCCUGGGCCGUGGGCGGUUACUUGCCCCGCCGUUCAUCUCCCUCGUGCUCCUCCCAUUCCUCGUCUUCCUACUGAGUUUCUCCGGGUCGGCAUCAGCUGCUGGCUCAGCCGUUGUUGGUGUCGACGUCGGUACCGAAUACUUCAAAGCAACCCUUGUGAAGCCCGGCAUCCCUCUCGAGAUUAUUUUGAGCAAAGACUCCAAGCGCAAAGAAUCCGCGGCAAUCGCGUUCAAGCCAACAAGAGACAACGCCCCGUUUCCCGAACGAUUUUAUGGCGGCAAUGCGCUGGCUCUGGCCGCCCGAUACCCGGAUGAUGUCUACAUCAACCUGAAGUCGCUACUGGGUGUGCCUUUCAACGAUGGAAACGAAGAAGCCGUCAAAGAAUACUGGAGCCGAUAUCCCGCAUUGAAGCUCGAGAGUGCCCCUGGCGGGCGUGGCUCGGUUGCGUUUCGCAGCAAUCGUCUCGGAGAGGCAGAGAGGAAGGAUGCAUUCUUGGUUGAAGAGAUUCUGGCCAUGCAAUUGAAGGAGGUCAAAUCAAAUGCGGACGCGCUGGCUGGGCCAGGCUCGGAUAUCCGCGAUGUCGUGAUCACCUAUCCGGCUUUCUACACAGCCGAGGAAAAGAGAAGCCUGGAGUUAGCAGUAGAGCUGGCAGGUCUGCAGCUUGAUGCGCUUAUCAGUGACGGGUUGGCAGUCGGUCUAAAUUACGCUACCAGCCGAACCUUCCCAAGUGUGUCCGAUGGCCAGAAACCAGAGUACCACGUCGUUUUCGACAUGGGCGCGGGCUCUACGACCGCCAGUGUUCUACGCUUCCAGAGCCGCCAAGUGAAGGACAUUGGUCGCUUCAACAAGACGGUUCAAGAGGUCCAUGUUCUUGGAGCUGGCUGGGAUAGGUCGCUGGGAGGUGAUUCUCUGAAUGAUAUCAUUGUUGAUGAUAUGAUCUCCAAGCUUGUGGAGGAUAAGAAGCUCAAGGACAAGGUCACCCCUGAACAGGUCAAGGCGCACGGCAAGACUAUGGCAAGGCUCUGGAAAGACGCUGAGAAAGUCCGUCAAGUUCUGAGCGCCAAUACCGAGACUUCUACAAGCUUUGAGGGACUCUACGAUGAAGAAGUCAACUUCAAGUACAAGAUCAGCCGCUCUACCUUUGAGAAACUGGCCGCGGGGCACGCUGAGCGAAUUGGGGCUCCUCUGAAGGACGCAAUUGCGGCGGCUGGCCUUUCCCUUGAUGCCGUUGACUCAAUCGUUCUUCAUGGGGGAGCCAUUCGUACCCCUUUCGUGCAGAAAGAGUUGGAAAGAGUCCUUGGAUCUAACAAGAAGAUUCGCACUAAUGUCAACGCUGAUGAGUCGGCUGCGUUUGGUGCUGCUUUCAAGGGCGCCUCGCUCAGCCCUAGCUUCCGUGUUAAGGAUAUUCGGGCACAUGAUGCAGCCUCCUAUCCUAUCACUCUCAAGUGGAACUCGGAUGGAAAGGAGCGAAGCCAGAAAUUGUUCACUGCUACUUCCCAGGUCGGCCCUGAGAAGCAGGUUACUGUGAAGAACCUUGACGAUUUCGAACUCAGCUUCCACCAACUGGUUGGACAAAAUGGGAAUGGACACCCUCUCCUUAGUGUUCGGACGCAGAACCUUACCGCAUCCGUCGCUAAGCUGAAGGACACAUUCGGCUGCACCGCAGCUAACAUCACAACCAAGUUUGCGAUCCGUCUUAGCCCGGUAGAUGGUCUCCCUGAAGUCACCAGCGGAAAUGUGAGCUGUGAAGUUGAGUCAGGGAAGAAGGGAAGUGUCGUGGAGGAUGUCAAGGGCUUCUUUGGACUUGGUAACAAGAAGGGAGAGCAACAGCCUCUCGGCGAGGAUGGUGAGCCAACAGAGUCAAUUACUCUCGAGCCUGAAGCAGAAUCCGCCACAGCACCCUCGGCUCACGAGUCAGCAACCACUACCGCGGCCAAGGACAGCUCGAAAUCUGCAUCGCAAACAAAGCUGGAGAUUAUUCCGAUUAGCUUCAAGUCAACGCCGCUUGGGACCCAGGCCCCAUCUACUGCUGAGUUAGCUCGAAUCCGUACGCGUCUCGCUGCAUUCGACUCAUCCGACCGUGACCGUGUCCUCCGAGAAGAGGCGCUCAACGAACUCGAGUCUUUCAUCUACCGCAGUCGCGAUCUUGUUGACAGCGAAGACUUCACCAAGGCAAUCAAGAGCGAGGACCUGGCUCUUCUUCGAGAGAAGGUCUCCAAGGCCAGCGAUUGGCUGUACGAGGACAGCGACAAUGCCAAGACAGCGGACUUCAAGGCGAAGCUCAAGGAUCUUAAGGUCAUUGUCGACCCCGCCCUGAAGCGGAUCAAGGAGGCAUCCUCCCGCCCUGCCCGUGUGAAGAUGCUCCAGGAUCUCCUGAAGACAGCCGAGUCCAUGCAGCAGUAUGCCGAGCUGCAGAUUACCACUGACGAGGAGGCCUAUUCAUCCGCCCUGUCCGCUUCUAGUACCGCGACGGAAGGCGCGGAGACCGCACCUACCGCGUCUGCCGAUCCUCUCGAAGAUCUCGAUGACGAUGCUUACUCCAAUCCAGCAUCCUCACAAACGAAAUCUGCGGCUGCGGCGAAGCCAACUGGUCCCAAGUACACCACUUUCACUCCCACGGAUCUCCACACCUUGAAGCAAGCCUACGAAGUCACCAAGCCUUGGCUUGAAACCCAACUCGAGCUUCAAGAGAAGCUCACCGACUCGGAUGACCCCGCUCUUACCAUUGUGGAAAUUGACUCCCGCAUGCGUGAGCUUGAGCGCAUCUUGAGCCGAAUGCAGGAGCGCCUGAUCGCUGCUGCAAAGAAGACCAGCCGGAAUUCCGAGAAGGCAGAAAAGGCAGAGAAGACCAAGAGCAAAAAGGAUAAAAAAGAAAAGGCGGCAGAGAAGGAGAAGCCUGUCGAGAACGACCGCAAGGACGAACUUUGA